CCAACCGGUAGUAGUUUAGACGCGGGACAUUCAACUUGGAUUUAGCUCCGAAUAAAUUCAAACAGCUGCUAGAUAUUUUGCAAAACUUGUCAAGAUAUACUUUUUAAGAUCAUUUUUAAAAACAACACUUUAAAUACCUAAAGAUGGAUUGCUUGAACGUUCCAAGAAUUCUGCCACAUUCCCCGAGGAAAGCACGAGGACAAAUCCAGGUCAUCUUCGGGCCAAUGUUUUCAGGCAAAAGCACGGAGUUGAUGAGACGAGUACGCCGCUUCCAGGUAGCCCAGUACAACUGCCUUGUGAUCAAGUAUGCCAAAGACACUCGCUACUCCGAAAAGGGAGUGGCCACCCACGACCAAAACACUAUGGAGGCCGUUCCAGCCAAUCAACUGGGAGAUGUGCGGUCUCUCGCGCUGAAGGCCUGCGUCAUCGGAAUAGACGAGGGCCAGUUUUUCCCUGACACGGUGGAGUUCUGUGAGGAGAUGGCAAACAAGGGGAAGACCGUCAUCGUGGCAGCCCUGGAUGGAACCUUCCAGAGAAAGGCGUUUGGCAACAUCCUGAACCUGGUUCCGCUGGCGGAGAGUGUGGUGAAGCUGAACGCCGUGUGCAUGCAGUGCUUCACGGAGGCGGCCUACACCAAGAGACUGGGGGCGGAGAAGGAGGUGGAGGUGAUUGGUGGAGCCGACAAGUACCACGCGGUGUGCAGGAAGUGCUACGGCGGCCUGAUGGAGAGAGAGAACAGCGCCCCCCACAGGGACGAGACGCCGCCACACCUCACCGCCAAGCAGCUGGACGCUAGCUCCGCCCCCAGGAAGAUCCUAGCACAGCUCUACCUCUGAGCGCGCUCAGUACGAACCCCUGAUGUUACGGGCGUGUACGCACUUGGACAUGGACAGUCACAGUAGUUUUUUUUAUCACAGCCAACUAUAAUGGUUGUAAAGGGAGAAAUGAAGGAAUUCAUCAUAUUUUCUACCCAGAACUGAGCUGUGAUGGUACUGUAUGUACAGAAGGGGAAACCCUUGGUUUUAGUAAUUUUUUAUGUUUUAAUAUUUUUUAUUAAUAUUGUGUGUGUCCUGUUCCUUACUUUGUUACAUAGAAUUCAGAACUGUUGCCCUUGAUGAAUUUGAUUCAGUUGUCAUCCCAUUGUACAUGUUGCCAAAUGGAAGUUUUUAAAUAAGUUAUUAGAAGACUUUGCAUUAUUAUGAUGUAUGUGUGUGCACAUGUUAACCUGCCUGUAGACAGCAUCUUUCCUGUUUCCGGAAUAUUCUGCAUUCUAUAGUUCUAUCUGCGGCAUUUAUGCCACUGUCUGAACUGGGUUCAACCUGGCAGUGUAACACUAGACCCAGCUGCCCGCACGCCCAAAAUAACCAGGAGCCUGAAAGUAUCUUGGCUCUGCGAACACUGUCAAACUGCCUGUCAAUCGGGGUUGGCAUGGCAACACUACAUUCAUGUUUUUUCUGUAAUCUUAUAUGGUGUUCUAGAACUGUGGGACCACAAUUGGAAUGAACCCCGAGUUCUACAGAUGAUAGACCAUUUUAUUCUGACAGAACUAGACACGGUUUUAUACGUUCAAACGGAACAUUCAUAGACGUUCCGGUAGCUGUAAGGCGUCUGAAGGCAAACAGGCAAGGCGACUGUCAUCACAUACUGGUAUCACUCUCGACAACCUUAAGAAAACAGUCAUGUCACAGCAGAACAGAUUACUAGCCAAUCAAGUUUAACUGGUUUAGGUUUCCUGUGAUUUCUCUUUUUUCGGAUUUUGCUACACAAAGGACGAUGUUUGGCAAGACAAUGGUGACGAACAAAUACUAUUAAUUAUACAGAUACUUUUUUUUAAUUUUUAACUAGCAGUCAGGUCAAACCAUAUUUUAUCAGACAGGAAAUUGUAGACUUUUAAAUAACCACAUCAUGUAACAAAAUAUAGCAUGAAAAAUAAAAUGCACACUGUGGAUCAAUACAUGUUCACAUGCUUCAGAAAAUCACGUCUUUCAUUUUCCCAGAUCGCACGGCUAAUAACUACACGAAAAGAGCGUUUUGAAAGAAGAACCUGAAGAGAUUUAGUUGAAAAGAGUAUUUAAUCCGUCUGUUCAUCACUGAGCGUUAACACCUGCGUAUACAUACUGUGGAUACUAUUCUUUACUGCAGUUUGUGAAAGGACCAAUGAUAACACCAGUCCUUCGUAGUAUGGGACUGUGUGUGUGCUGUGUGUGUAAGAUUCAAUACAAUUGUGAGUUUG